GUCACAGUAUUGCUGUUGCUGCUGAAGUUACCAUUAGCAACUGGGCAGCGCCCGGCUCGACACCUUCCGACGUCGCUGAUGUUGUGCUGCCAAAUACAGCUAAAAUCAACAGCACAGGCCUUGAAAAGCUAGUAGAUGAUUUGCUGUUGAGGUGCUGGAGUGACUGGCGAUGGUUCAUACAUAGGGUCCCACUGAGCAGCUCUACCAUGCUGCCGGGAGUCGGUGUGUUUGGCACGGGGAGUACGGCCCGAGUGCUGGUCCCACUGCUAAAAGCUGAAGGCUUUGAGGUUCAUGCACUCUGGGGGCGAAGCGAAGAGGAAGCAUGCUGCUUGGCAAAGGAGCUCGGCAUCCCGUUUCACACCAGCCGAUCUGACGACGUCCUGCUGCAUCAAGAUGUUGACCUUGUCUGCAUCUAUAUUCCACCAUCCAUGACAAGGCAGAUAGCAGUCAAGGCACUGGGUAUCGGUAAGAAUGUCGUGUGUGAGAAAGCUGCAACUACUGUGGAUUCAUUCAAGAUGGUCACUGCAGCCAGAUACUACCCACAGCUGCUCAGCAUUAUGGGUAACACCCUGCGCUUCCUGCCAGCUUUUGUUGCAAUGCGCCAGCUGCUGGUGGAGGGAUAUGUGGGCGAACUGCAGGUGUGUGAUGUCCGAGUCUAUGGUCCAAGCCUGCUGGACCAGUCGUACGGCUGGACCUGCGAGGAGCUGAUGGGAGGAGGCGGUCUUCACACUGUUGGCUCCGCCAUCAUCGACCUUUUGAGUUACCUGUCUGGCACUCGGGCACACCGCGUGCAUGGUUUACUGCGGACCUUCGUGCAGCAAAACGGUUUGAUCCGAGGGAUACGCCGCGUCACCAGCGACGACUUCUGUUUCUUCCAAAUGUUGAUGGGUGGGACAGGGUCCAGUAGCGUGUGCUGCACUGUGACCCUAAACUUCAACAUGCCGGGGUCGUUUGUACAUGAGGUUAUGGUAGUUGGAUCCACUGGGAGAUUAAUUGCCAGAGGGACAGAACUGUAUGGGCAACGCAACGGGAGUAAAAGUGAGGAGCUGUUGGUAGGCGACAACGGCUGGGUGGGACCAGAGGUAAAAGAAAUGCCCCUGCCUCUCCUGCAGGGCCUGAGCUCCAUGGUGAAGGCGCUGAGGCAGUCUUUUCAGGCUAAGGAGGAGCGCCGGUGUUGGGCACGGGGACCAGUUGCCACUGCACCGACGUUUGAGGAUGGUCUGUACGUGCAGACGGUGGUGGAGGCGGUGAAGCGGUCCAGCAGCAGCGGAGAAUGGGAGUGUGUUGAGAUCAUGAGUCAUGAACCUGAUCCAAACCAGAACCUGUGUGAGGCUCUCAAGAGAAACAAAAACUAGAUCUGUUAAUUCACCCAGUGCGACUACUGCAUGUCUGACAAAACGGAGCUCUGAAUGUUUCAAGUCCGCUGCUUCGACCUUUUAUGUGACACAUGACUACUUGGCUUGUUUUUUUUAAACACACUUGUCACAAUUUGAACAUAAUUUUUUUUAUUUGACUGUGUUGUGAAUGCUUGAACCCUCACAGAUGUGAUUUGUUUGUACACUAAAUUUGUAAACCACA